GUAAAUAAAAAUCCCUAAAUUUCCGUCGUAUGUAACGGAAUUUAAUAAAACCGCGUACGGCGUCAUCCGGCAAAUCCCCCCAGCCUCCAGCCAUCAAACCACGGAGGAGACUCAUCUCUUCCUCUCGAUAUCAGAAAAGCUUCCGGAGAGAAUCAUCCUCUAGCUACGCACUCAUUUUUUUUUAAUUCUCAGAGCUGGAAGCAGCAGCUUCUCUUCCUCUUUCACCGGUUUGUUGAUUAUCAAAAGCCAUGGUUCUUGAUGGGGUUGUUUCUUCACCAUCAAAGAGAACACAGUCUCUAAAGAAGCAGUGGGAAGAUUUGGGUAGCUGCUCCACCGUUAUCAAUAGGCAUCGAUAUCUUUUAACUGCUUUGGUGCUUUUGGCGUUUCUUUGCACUGUUUAUAUUUACUUUGCUGUCACUUUAGGCGCUACGCACUCUUCCUGCUACGGCUUGACGGGUAAAGAGAAGGCAAUGUGUCAAUUACAACGUGUUCAAGCUCUCUCCAAAGGGAAGCUUAAAUUUUUCUAGAGUUGUGUCAUCGAGUUAAAAGCUGAAGAACCUACAUGAUUGUUUGUUGCCGUAGUACUACAUUCUUUUUGUUUUUUAUUUAUUCUGUUGUGACAUUUGUGUGUAUUAUAUUAUUACAUGGUGAAGUACCCAGAGAUAUGUAAUCGAAACAUAAUUCAUUUUGUUCAUGAAUG